AUGGUUGAAUUUUAUAUUUAAAUGGAAAAUAUACUAUUACAACUUAUUAAUGAUUAAAUAUACAAAAACACACUGAUUAAUAAAAUGAGUAGUAGUUAAAUCUCGUGUGAAUGUCUCUUUAAUGGUCGCUCCUUCCAGGAUUACCUCACACUGUAGGGUUGUAGGAGACCUAUCGUCGUCUUGACAUAGAUGGUUAAAUCUGGUUUGGUGUUGCACUCUUGUGUCCGCUUCUAUAUUUUCUUUAGAUUCUCCGAGUUUUUGAUAUUCUCUUUAAAAUUGUUUACGUAUGUCCUACAGAAUUGAAAAAUCUUUAUUGCGGACAGCUUAUACCACUUCUUCCUCACGGAAACUCUCCUCGCAAUUCAGCGCCAGCUUAUGAAUAUUGGAUCGGUAGCACUAACGAUUUUUAUGCGAAAUCUAGACUUCCUGCGCCCCCAUCUCGUGUUGCAUCCGGUAGAUCUCACUGCUAUCUAUCACGGAGCCCGUUCUUUCUGGUUGCGAUCUGAUUUGGAGUGCCUUCUAUGCUCUAACUUCCCUCUUUUCGAACUCUUCCCGUGUAUUUUUGCUACUCUCUAAUUGGCUCCCUUUUUGUCUACUUCCUUCCCUAAGUACUUGCGGUCAUCUUGAUUAGCCUCAUUAGAACAAUGUUACAUCUGCACUUUUACUAUUUUAUUUUUAUAUUUAGCCGUAGACUUAUUUAUUUAUUAGAGAAUGUGCCAUUUGUAGCUGUAAUUAUUAUCACGAGCUGUAAAUUUCAAACUUCGAUGGAUAUCGUUUAAAUAUCCAUAAAGUAUACAGUCAUAUUAUGUUGUUUAUACGGGCAACAACUGCCAUUUUAUUACAGCGUUCUAUAACGCCAGAGCGGAUGAUCGUUUUACAAGAAUUUAUAUUUAGAAGAGUCUAAACUAUUAUAUAUUUUGAUCUUGUGCGAUCAGAAAUAAUAUCAGGGUUUAAGGUCUGUUAUAUUAAACAGUAUGAGGAAUACACUUUAACGCAGGUUGUGUUUCAUUUUUCAUAUCACGUUAUCAAAUAAUUCGGUUUCAUACUUACUAUUGUAAUGAGUCUGAUGAAAGAUUACUUCGGAAAUAUAAUUAAUUAUGCCUGCACACAUAAACGCUCUGUAAAGAAAAUUAUCGAUUCGUUCUAAAUCCAAAGUGUUUAGAUAUAAAAGAAAUCAUAUGUUUGAAACCAUUACAUUCUGUGUCAACAACAGUAACAAUCAAGUCUUAUGCGAACUGCUGAUCGUAUUUUUACUCGAUGUCUAUGAGUUUACUUUAUUUAUAAUGUUAUGUUUGUAUUCAAACACUAGACAAUGUACAUAUCUCAAUGAACUAGUAUUGUUGAUUUAUAUAUACUACUACAUUUUGAAUCUAGACCUACUCCAAGAGGAACGGGUGUGAACCUCGGGUUAUAAAACAGUUCAGGUAGAGUGGUGAACACUAAGAUUAUUUAAACAUUACUAUAAAUAUUAUAUUAAUGCUGCGUGUCAGUUUGGUUUACUUCGGAACGUUUAUAUAUUUGUAGAAUACGCAACCCCUCAGCGUGCUGCUGGGAAUCCGUGUGUCCGCAGGUAGUUUCCGACGUUUGUCUGACGGGAAGUAAUAGGAAAACCGUGCAAAUCUAAUGUGAGUUCUCAUUGUCUGAGAUCGGUAGCUUCGUGGUGAUGAAUCAACUACACUUUUGCAGUAACCCAUGGAAAGUUAGUUAAGUCAAUAUUUCUUAGACAUCUGUUACACUCGUAAACAUUGUGUUCCUUUAGUCAUGUUGCCUUAGAAUUUCGACAAUCUCGUCGGAUGUCAUAUUCAAUAUUUGAUAAUAAUUAAAAAAAAAAACAUGCUUUCGUGUAAUUUAGAUGGUGUAAAUCACAGACUAGCGGUCACUAAGAUUGCUUACAACAUUGUAAGAAUGGACUUAGUGCUCACUUCUAGUGGUUCUGAGUAAGUCAUCCGUUCUUGAAAGCGCAAACUAUAGUACAGCCUCAGGAAGAGAGGAUGUUAACUGAUCCACCUGAACAAUUUCUUGUAUUACCGACCAACUGCAAAUUUCCGAAAAGAUCAUGUUUUACUCAUAUACCAUAGUAGUAGUUCUGUGGGAAUCAAUUUACCACAUAAGCUGAUAAACACAUCCUGUCGAUCGCUUAAACAGCUUAAAGUAAAACCUCACAGAGAUGCCAAAAAUCCAUAUAAUGUAGACCCAACACUAGUCAUGCUGAAAAUGCGGACCUGUGGAAUACUGUACCGUACCCCCGCCUAAGUGUCGAAGAUACGGUAUGGGCAGCUGAGGGCUAUUAUACAUUUCAAAGUCAAAUAUCCAGGAUAGUAUCAUUCAUUCAUUCAUGACAUCGUUGUUAUUGUAAAUUACAGUGUAUUUAUAACAUUGUUUUUCCAAAACAAAUUAUUCAGAUGAUUGAAAACACUUAAAAUUACAAAUAUUUGUGCGACGAGAUAAAACAAAACUGUUUGUUCCAGCGUGACCUUCGGCAGAAAUGGCUGAAAACCGCUCGUCUCUGAAAGGACUUACCAUCAGUCAUAACGUCCUUGACCGAUAUGACAAAUGUGAAGACUCUGACCACCCGCACUUAAAGUUGUGCAAUUUGUGGAAGAUUAAGACCAAAAUGUGCGCGCCGAGGAAUCUGAAAAUGUCCAAUCGCCGAGCCUUCUUGUCCCCGUCCGAGCAAUGGACGUUAUUUGAUAAUGUAGUAAUACCGAAAAAGGCGUUUAUGCCCAAAUUGCACAUGGACGCCAUAAAGGGCUUGAAGCGCGUGGUGGUGGAGCAGAGACGGCGUGAGUUUGUUAACAUAGACAUCGGGAAUUAUCUGGAGACAAAUUACAGCGUGAGUGCCGAGGAUAUGAGUCUCCCGACUCCUCUGAACGUAGACCCCAGCAGCCUGCACUUCUUGGCCCUGGAGCUCUUCGACGAUGAAGAGUUCGAGUCGAGAACUGAAGCCGAAUGGCUCAGCCUGGGGGAGGUGGAUGGUGUAAAACAUCCGGUGCCAGCUCGAGCCUUCAUGCAGAAAAGAAAGAAAACCUCGAUGCGCAAGCCUAAGAAAUUCAGUGGCAGUGGGUCUAUUUUGAGCUCAUCCCUCGCUGAUGCUAAGCCUAAGAUAAGUUUGCCGGAGUACGUUUGGACGGAUGUGGCCGUGAUCGAGUACAACACUUCCUUCAAACAAUACGUUGUGAUCCCUUUAAGUGGCGAAAGUGAAGAAUUUGAAGUUCCUCGAAUUUAUUUAAACUUCAAAGCCGAAAACCCUUACAUCUUUGCAGAGAGGGUCUCUAAGGCUGUUCAAGAUCGUUAUGAAGCUCAAAAUGCCAUCAAGUAUCAGCUAUAUGUAGACUGCAUGCCAACCGCAGAGGGACCUCACAUUGAUAAUAAGGUGCUGAACCGAAUCAACUUCAAAACCACUCAGAAGAAAGACAAGAGUGAUUGGAUCGUUAUCUUCAACGACUUGCUGUUGCAAGAAGUAAAACUACUCUAUAUCCGGACUUUCUGUGAAAUGACCUUUCGGAAAGUGCUGAUGAAAAAUCCAGGCCACUUUCCAUCUGUAACACCGCCAAAGCAGACAGAGGCGCCAGUUAAGUCUACAGGUAUUUAAAUAUGUUAUGUAGUAAAAAUGUUAAUCCAUUAAGAUUCUAUAAUAGCGUAAUACACUAAUCUGAAAACCAUGUUUCUACUAACUGUCUAUUAACAUUCGUAC